CCAAUCAUAACACAGUAGAUUUCUCCCCAUGCGACAACAUUGAUGUAUAAAACGAACCGUGGAGAAAUUCCAAGCGGUCUUUUCGGUUUCCAGCUCACGUUGAAUGAGGGUUUAUGAUGUUGCUGGUGCAGAUGAUGAGAGGUACAGCAAUGCAUGCUGGAAGCAGGUGGUCUCGCAGUGUUGAGAGGUUGAUCUCUUCUGGACGUGACAUUAACUCAUCUGCACACCAUUUCUCUGGUUUUGGGGAAGCUUGCACUUUAUCAUGUGGUCAUGGGGACCAAACCAAAGUCCUCAUCACUGGCGGACUCGGGCAGCUGGGUAUUGGGCUGGCAAAGUUGCUAAGGAGACGAUUUGGCAAAAACAACGUGAUCCUGUCUGACAUCCGAAAACCCCCCAGCCAUGUCUAUGAUGAUGGUCCAUUCAUCUUUUCAGAUAUCCUGGACUUUAAGAACCUCAGGGAGAUUGUGGUCAACAACAACAUCAGCUGGCUGAUUCACUACUCUGCAGUCUUGUCUGCAGUGGGUGAAAAUAACAUUGCGUUGGCUAAAGAGGUCAACAUCACAGGAUUCCACAACAUAUUAGACGUAGCAACCGAACAUGGUCUGCGUGUGUUUGUCCCCAGCACCAUCGGGGCCUUUGGUCCAUCUUCUCCCAGGGACCCCACCCCUGAGCUGUGUGUGCAGAGACCACAAACCAUCUACGGUGUAUCUAAAGUCCACGCAGAGCUGAUGGGUGAGUACUACCACCACAGGUACGGGCUGGAUUUCCGCUGCCUGAGGUAUCCAGGCAUCCUCUCUGCUGACUCCCAACCUGGAGGAGGAACUACAGACUACGCCGUCCAGCUCUUCCACGCAGCAUUAAAGACGGGUCAUUUCGAGUGCUACCUGCGCGGAGACACUCAGCUUCCCAUGAUGUACAUCGAUGACUGUGUCAGGGCUACGUUGGAGUUCCUGGAGGUUCCCACAGACUCGCUCCCCAGCCGCACCUACAAUAUCAAUGCCAUGGCUUUCACGCCACAGGAGCUCACGCAGGAGAUCCAGAAAGUUCUGCCUGACCUAAAGGUCACCUACAAUGUUGAUCCUCUGCGGCAGGCUAUUGCAGACGGCUGGCCAAAGGCGCUUGAGGACAGCUCUGCAAGGCGGGACUGGGGCUGGAAGCACGAGUACAACCUCCCAGAGCUGGUGCAGACCAUGCUGGCGCUCAUUACUCAGGGAAAGCAGAUGGCAGAGGCCUGCUGAGCUACGUUUUGUGUAGCAACUCCAUAUUUUUAGCCUUUGUUGUUAUGUCUUAAUCUAAAUCACCAAGUCUUACAUUGUCCAACAGAUAAAGAUCAGUACAGGUAUUUAUUGAAAUAGAAAUAAAUAUAAAGGGAAAUACAUCAUAUAUGUCUAAAACAGAGUUUCUAAGAGCCUGAACCCUCUUAGACAAGCUUUAAAUAGUUUUCAGCAAUAGUUCUCCAGGUGUCUUGAAGGACUUUCCAAAAGCUCUUCUUUGUUCCAUUCUCAGUCCAGAUGAUCUCACGCUACGUCAGUAAGGCUGAGGUUCAGGCUCUGAAGACGAUCCCUCCAUCAGACCUGUUGCCACUGAUUCACAGUCCAGUUCUUGUCUAUGGCAUACCUCAGCCUUUUCUCUUGACACUGACUUCUUAGCAGCCAUCCUUCAUGGAGACUGUUUCUGACCAUCCAGCUCUCUCAGGUCCUGUAUCAGGUCUUUGCUGGAUUUUUUUUUCCUAGUUCUUCAGGACACUUCUUUCAGACCCUGUCCAUCUAUUAUAGUUUUCUAGUCCCGACACUCCUUCUUUAGUCCUUCACUUAUCCAGUUUACUCAUGCACAUUGUGCAGAGAUAUGCCAAGAUUUCAGCUAAUAGC